AUGACCACUGUGGAUGACAACUUACAGCAACUGGCAUCUCAUGGUCUGUUUGAUGUAUAUGUGAAGGCGAUGGGUGACACACACAUUGAUGAUCAUCACUCAAAUGAGGAUACUGCUUUAGCAAUUGGAAUGGCAUUACUUCAAGCACUUGGUGACCGAAAAGGGAUUAACCGGUUUGGGCAUUUUACAGCACCACUUGAGGAGGCAGCAGUUGAGGUUAUACUGGAUCUAUCUGGUCGACCUCAUUUGAGCUGCGGCUUAAGUAUUCCUACCGAGAGAGUUGGCACAUAUGAUACACAGCUAGUUGCGCACUUUUUCCAGUCCCUUGUGAAUACAUCUGGCAUGACGCUUCAGAUCCGUCAGCUUGCGGGGAACAACUCACACCAUAUUAUGGAGGCAACUUUCAAAGCAUUUGCCAGGGCGCUUCGACAAGCAACGGAAUACGACUUACGCAGACGUGGCACCAUCCCAGAAUAG